GCGGCUGCACCGGUGGGAGCGGGGCGCGGGAGUCGGUGUGUGGCCGGCGGGCGGACGGGUUGCGGCGGCCUCGCACUAGCGGUGGCCGAGGUCGCAGGCGUUGUCGGUUGGCUGCGAGUUUGGUGAACAGAGGAGUGGCCUCUCAGCCCCUUUCUCUUGCCGGUCAGAGCCCCAGAGCCGCGUCCCGCUUAGCCGGCGUCACAAUGACCAAGGCCAGUAGCAAGGGCGGGAGUCUCCGCGACAAGCUGGACGGCAACGAGCUAGACCUGAGCCUCAACAACCUAAACGAGGUCCCCGUCAAGGAGCUGGCUGCUCUCCCAAAGGCCACCAUUCUGGAUCUGUCCUGCAAUAAACUCGCUACUCUACCGUCGGAGUUCUGUGGCCUCACACACCUAGUGAAGCUGGACCUGAGUAAAAACAAGCUGCAGCAGCUGCCAGCGGACUUUGGCCGUCUGGUCAACCUCCAGCACCUGGAUCUCCUCAACAACAGGCUGGUCACCCUGCCUGUCAGCUUUGCUCAGCUCAAGAGUCUGAAGUGGUUGGACCUGAAGGACAACCCCCUGGAUCCUGCCCUGGCCAAAGUGGCAGGUGAUUGCUUGGAUGAGAAGCAGUGCAAGCAGUGUGCAAACAAGGUGUUACAACAUAUGAAGGCUGUGCAGGCUGACCAGGAACGUGAGAGGCAGCGGCGGCUGGAAGUUGAACGAGAGCUGGAGAAGAAGCGCGAGGCUAAGCAGCGAGCUAAGGAAGCUCAGGAACGGGAACUGCGGAAGCGGGAGAAGGCAGAAGAGAAAGAGCGUCGGAGAAAGGAGUAUGAUGCCCUCAAAGGUGCCAAGCGGGAGCAGGAGAAGAAACCUAAGAAGGAGACAAAUCAGGCCCCGAAAUCAAAGUCUGGCUCCCGCCCCCGCAAGCCGCCACCUCGGAAACACACUCGGUCCUGGGCUGUGCUGAAGCUGCUGUUGCUGCUGCUGCUGUUCUGUGUGGCAGGAGGGCUAGUGGCCUGUCGGGUCACAGAGCUGCAGCAGCAGCCCCUCUGCACCAGUGUGAACGCCAUCUACGACAAUGCGCUCCAGGGUCUGCGCAGCCACGAGAUCCUCCGGUGGGUCCUCCAGACCGAUUCUCAGCAGUGAGCUUGACCUCGACACUUGCUGCCUCCCCAGCCUUGGAGCUUGGAUUCCUAUGGAAUUGGGUUCUGCUGGACACCCCUCUUUUUAGCGUCAGACCUACCUGCCAUCAUCAAAUGGCUGCUGAUUGGUACUUGAGACCUUCUCUUUAUAGGACUUCUUUGUUCCUUAGUCAGGGUUCCCUGUUGGAAUAAGGAAAAACAGGAGGUGGUGGGGAGUUAACUUGCAUGCCUAAAGGAAUAGGCCUCGGGGUGGGGAGAGGAAAAACAUAGCCUUUUCUAGUUGUUAUACAAAGCUGUGUAAAGGCAA